UUACGCGCGCGCGCUUGUUUCUGUACCGUCAGAAGUGGCCAUAAUGUGUGAGCUUGAGUGCAGGUACGAUUUUCGCUCAGACAUUCCGUCUCCUGAGGAGUGGCAAGAAAUAAUUCGUAGAACCUAUCCAAGUCGAAACCAACGGCCCGUAAAAGAUGAUAUGUCGGAUGGUUGUGUUGACGCUGGCACCAUUUCUUCAACUUGUGUGUCACCAGUGAAUUUGCUCCUUUCUAAUCUUGACCAACGUGUUCAAUCCACUUCUGCAAAAGCUGAUGUGCAUUCUGAUUUCUCUUUGUGUCAUUCAAUAUCACCUGUCCCUUCUCUAACUCCCCCCUCUCCGUCUUCUCUUACUGUACCUUCUGUAUCGGCCUACCAUGAGAAUUCAGGUCUUAACAAGAAGUCAUGUACAGGUUCAAGACAAAAACUAGGCCAACCUAGAAGACGCCCACCACCACCACCACCUCCACUUAGAAGUAAUGCUGUUAACACAACAGCACCAACUGCCAGUACACGUCAUGCCAGAUGUGAGGAUAGUUCAAAGACUUUAUUAGCUGCUGGGUCUCAGCAUGGGGCAGAUACAGCUGCAUCUGUUACAAGAGAGAGUGUUGGUGAUGGCAGCAGUAUCCAUGCAGUUGGAGAGGGUGAUAUGGAUAACAAUUUAUCACUAGAUUGACUAGAUUAUUGUGUUCACAUGGAUGUGUUCUGUGUUUUAUUCCUACGAAUCACAUGGAAUACCAGGUAUGCUGGCUUGAUGACUGUACAAAGCAGGCUUAAACCCUGAACUACGAGCAGACUAGGGUAACGCCAAUUCUAAAUGAAGUGGAUACACACGGACAAGGGCGCUGUUCUACGGCUCAGCAGGCGAAGCUCAGUUAUACCAAAGGCAUAGAUAGGCAAGCUCAAGCUAUGUCAUGUGGUAAAUAAGCAUGUCACUUAAUAUGUAGGAUGACUAAAGUGUCUCUAACUCCAAUGCAUGUUGGUGACAAGGUGACGAGGUGUAAUUAAUGUGAACUAAGGAGAUCGAUGCUAUGACUUGGUGGCAGUAUGAGAUGACUCAUGCUAAACCAUGUAAUAUACACCCGUCUUGUUCAGCAUAACCAAGAAAUCGCUGUUUCUGGUUGAAAAGCAAGCCCCUCUCGUUCAGCAUAACGCAUAAAUCAGAUUCUGGUUGGUGCACACAAGGGUCUAUUUUGAAAAUUCCUUCUAGGCAUGGAACAUUAAAAAAUUUGCUAGGUUUGAUCCAGAUGACUGACCCAUUGCUAGCCAAAAACUUAGAAAUCAUCGACAUUCCCUAAGUGUGGGACUGCAACAGGCAGCAAUACAAUAACCCUGGUUUCUUUGACUUGGAGGAAAGUAUGGUGGGAGAACAAGUUAGAUCCCCAUAAAAGCGGAAC